GCGCGUGUCACUCCGAAUCUAGACGUUCUCCGUCCGCUACUCUUUUUCUGUUUGUACCCAAAAUCAGCACACAACACACCCACACCACGUCCCCUCUCUCUCCUUCUCUCUCUCUCAUCUCUCAUCGUCUGAGCUCUGAAGUCUGAACAACUACGGACGCUCUGAAAGACUAAACCCUAGUACGCUUCUCUUUCAUACCUUCCCCCCCUUUCCCUACUGCAAUUUCGCAGAGCUGCGAGCCUCCGCCAUGAAAGAAUCGGAGAACGAUAUUCUCAACGGGUCCAUUCAGCUCCUUUCUUCUCUUCUGGAUGAGAUUCCCACUGUUGUUAACUUUAAGGGUAAAUGGUCUCUAAUUAGAGCCAAACUCUUCGAUCUCCAGACUCAGCUGACGGAUUUCUCCUCUGAGUUCCCUAAUUACCCGUCCAAUUCUCUAUCGCUCGAGCUACUUCAGUUCAUUGCGCACACCCUAAACGAGGCCGUUUCACUUGCCAAAGAAUGCCAGUCCCCCAACUUAUCCCAGGGAAAGCUCAAAACUCAGAGCGACAUUGAUUCGGUCCUCGCUAAGCUGGAUCGCCAUGUGAAAGACUGCGAGAUUCUGUUCAGGAGUGGGGUUUUGCAAGACGGUGUCAUUUCCAGCGCGUCUAAAAGAGAGGCCGUACGGUCUGAAUCCAGGAACUUGAUUACUCGUCUGCAAAUCGGUUCUGCUGAGUCCAGGAAUUCAGCGAUGGACUCCUUGUUGGGUUUACUCGAAGAGGAUGACAAGAAUGUGAUGAUAGCUGUGGCGCAGGGUGUGGUUCCGGUGCUUGUCCGCUUACUGGAUUCUGCCUCUCCCGAGAUGAAGGAGAAGACUGUUGCUGCUAUCUCCAGAGUCUCCAUGGUGGAUAGUAGCAAACAUGUUUUGAUUGCCGAGGGUUUGUUGCUUUUAAAUCAAUUGGUUCGAGUUCUCGAUUCGGGGAGUGGAUUUGCCAAACAGAAAUCUUGCAUAGCCCUCCAGGCUCUAAGUUUCUCCAAAGAGAAUGCUAGGGCAAUCGGGUCUAGAGGUGGAAUCUCGUCACUAUUGGAGAUUUGUCAAGCCGGCACGCCUGGUUCCCAAGCUUCGGCGGCAGGGGUUUUGAGAAAUCUUUCUGUCUUUCCUGAAAUUAGAGACAAUUUUAUCGAAGAAAACACCAUUGUUGUUCUAUUGGGGCUUGCCUCAUCCGGAACUGCCUUAGCGCAAGAAAAUGCAAUUGGUUGCUUGUCCAACUUAAUUUCUGAAGACGAAAGUUUAAAACUUUUGUUUGCAAAGGAAGGAGGAAUCGAGUGCUUGAAGAAUUUUUGGGACUCAGCUCCGGCAGUUCGGAGUCUUGAAGUCGCAGCGGAGUUGUUGAGUCGCCUGGCCUCUAGUUCACCGAUUGCUGAAGUUCUUGUAUCUGAUGGGUUUAUACUCCGAGUUGUGGGUGUGUUGAAUUGCGGAAUUCUAGGGGUGAGAACUGCGGCUGCUCGAGCUGUUUAUGCUUUGGGGAUGUACAACACUAAAUCGAGGAAAGAUAUGGGUGAAUGUGGCUGUAUGACCCCAUUGAUCAAGAUGCUGGAUGGCAAAGCUGUGGAAGAGAAAGAAGCAGCUGCAAAAGCGUUGUCAGUACUCAUGUUGUAUGCGGGCAAUAGAAAAAUUUUCCGAAAGGAUGAGAGGGGUAUAGCUAGUGCUGUUCAACUGUUGGAUCCUUCAAUACAGAAUUUGGAUAAAAAAUAUCCUGUUGCAGUGCUGACCUCGCUUGUACAUUCAAAGAAAUGUAGGAAACAUAUGGUGGCGGCCGGUGCUUGUGUAUAUAUGCAAAAACUUGUUGAGAUGGAUGUUGAAGGUGCUAAGAAACUCUUGGAUAGCCUUGGUAGUGGUAAGAUAUGGGGAGUUUUUGCAAGACCCUAAAGGUGAACAGAUUCUUGAAAUUCCUAACGAUGGUAUAGGAAAAAGAAUUGAUUCAUUGAUUAUGUAUGUAUGAUAGUUGUGUUCAGUUCUUUUUCCCCUUUCUUUGUGUUUAGAAUUUGGGUUUAUUUGUCUUGUAGAGGCAAGUUCCGUUUCGUUAGAAUGAUUUCUGAGGCCUCUGUUUGAAAAUAUGGUGUUCAAUGUGAACUAACAGAACUCUAGUUCAUUUUAAAUGCACUCAUAAGUGAUAAAUAUUGCCGUCUA